AGGUUAUAUCUAUGGAAGCUUUGAACGAAUGACACGCGUAUGGCACACAGAGAAAAAGUGAUAAUUCUGGUGUUUGUUUCUUAAGAACGGUUAUAAUUUGAACAUUUGAGUAACAAGAGAAAAUUCGUUUAUUAUUACGGUGUGUUUUCUUUAAUGAUACUGAUUAAUACGUAAAUUUUACAAUUCAAUAAAAUUAGCAACGGCUUGAAGUCACCAAUUCAGUUCUUUCAUUUUGUUAAAUUUCAUCAUGGCUGAAACAGAAAGUACUUUGGAACAACAACUUGAAAUGAUAAAACUAGAGCAACACCAACAGCAACAACCGGAGAAAUUUCAAGAAACAAAACAGGAGGAGGAGCCUUUUCGAGAAUUAAAUCAACAGCAGCAGUUAAGUGAAGAAAUAAAACAAGAGCCGCAACAACCACAAGAACAAAAACAAGACCAGCAGCAGCCCGAAGAACAAAAACAAGAACAGCAACUUAAGGAGCAGCAGCUUCAAGAAACAAAACAAGAACAUAAAGCAUAUUCUGUACAUUAUAAAGCCACUAAACAGGUCGUGGCUGAGAAAGUUUCUGGCACCGUCAAAUGGUUUAAUGUAAAGAGUGGAUAUGGUUUUAUCAAUAGGGAUGAUACAAAGGAAGAUGUAUUUGUACAUCAAACAGCAAUAGUUAGGAACAAUCCGCGUAAGGCUGUACGCUCUGUUGGUGAUGGGGAAACUGUGGAGUUUGCAAUGGUUGUCGGCGAGAAAGGAUUUGAAGCUGCAGGAGUGACUGGACCAGGUGGUGGACCGGUAAAAGGCUCUCCGUAUGCAGCUGAUAAACGUCGCGGUUACCCUCGAAGAGGCGGACGCGGCGGCGAGGGUGUUCCACGUAGAGGUAUGGGGCGUCACGGGCCACUUAUCUACAACGGUGGCAUGCAUGGCGACGAAGCACAUGUGCCACAGCAACAAAGAAACUUUUUUCGGCGUAACUUUCGCGCCAGUAGAGGAGGCGGCAACAGUCCAACGAACAGAGGCAGAUAUCGACGGAUGCCCCCGCGCGGAUUCCGAACUGGUAUGCCUCGGAUAGAUAUUGUCGCUGAAAGCCAAGCCUAAAAUUUAAUGAGGAUCUUCCAGCAUUUUUAAUGCAUUGUUACUAGCUGUAUACAAUUUGAUUUUAUUUUAAGUUUUAUAAUUAUAUAUCUACAAAUUAUUUAGGUUAUCAAACCUAGUAGAAAGUAUCAUAGAAAAAUAUAUGCCAAUUACACCCGGUCUGUGACCUUAAGAUGUAAGUUAUGGUUAUUUGGUUUAGAUUAGAGAAUUUAUUUUUAGUUUCCUUUAUUUUAAUUAUAGCUCCAAUUGCUUAAAAAAAAUAUGGCUCUUACUUCACCUAGUUUCAUGAUGAGAUAUUAUAAAAGUUUACGCGGCUUACUUUCCAUUAGCGAGGCUCGUUUAGAACGACUUCCCGACACUUUUCCUCGUCUCAUUGUCGUUUCAUUUAGGUUAAAGUUCAUUUAAGCAAAAAAAUAUACAGCAGCCACAUUUUUAUAUUCCAAGCUAAUUUUUAGAUUAUUAAGAGAGUCAAUCUCAGUAGAUUUAUUGUAAUUGAAUGGAUGGGAAACUACAUUUGGUUUUAGAAGACUAAAUUCUGUAAUAAACCUACUUUUCCCGUCAUUGGAAAACUUAAGGUAGAAGAUAGGAUCUAAAAUAAAUUUGUGGUUAGAGAGAACCACAUGGCAUAGGUUUUUUUUAUAACUGUGUUUUAACUAUAAUAUAUUAUAAUGUUAUAUAAUAUAUUAUUGAUCUUUAAUGGGAGCAUUUAAGAUAUAUUUUUUUAAGUAUCUGAAAAAUGAACCCGCAACGUGUACACUGAAUCGAGUGUAUAUCACUGGUAGAUUUUUGUAUAUUUAUAACGUGUGUAUUUUACACACUCCUGAAAACUGAAAUAAACGCUUUGUAUAUUCCAAA